AUGGUCGUGCGCAUCCGCCUCGCGCGCUUCGGCCGCACGCGCCAACCCAUCUACAACAUCGUGGUCUCGCAGGCCCGCACCGCCCGCAACAGCAAGCCCAUGGAGGUGCUGGGCACCUACAAUCCGCUCCCGCAAGUACCUUUGGCGUCCAACCACACUCCCGAGACAAUGACGAACAGCAAGGGCGAGGAUGUGCCGUAUGUACCGAAGAAAUACAAGGACGUGAAGUUGGACACGAGUCGGACGAAGUACUGGUUGGGCGUUGGGGCACAGCCGAGCGAGCCGGUGGAGAGGUUGCUGUGUAUGAUUGGAUUGAUGGAACCGAGGCCGGGGAAGGUGAGGACGCCGACCGGUAGCUCGGGGGUAUGA